GGCGUCAAGUUAUUAGUAGGAGGAGUGAAACAUAUAACAAAACCCGAGAAUGUAAUGUAUUAAACACAUUUUCUGUUAGAAAUCGUUACACCUAUAAAUUGGAUUAACGAUAUGGAAGUCGAAUUCACGAGACUUUUCAAAAGAUGUUUAUCUUGAACGUCACCAACCAGAAAAGUGGUCCAGGACAAAGGAAAACCGUUCAUUUAAAAUCACCCUUAAUCACUAACUCAAUUGGCAAGUAGCAAUAUUUUCAAAACAUUGUGUUCGUAUUAAUUUCUCCCGUUUAUUUUUCAAUGUAUCUAUUAUUUUGAGGAUCUGCAGCAUGAACUAACAAGGUCUGAUGUUUGUUAGACAAGCCUAGAUUUACCCCUGGUCAGUUUUUAUAGUUGAACGAGGCGAACGAAGACUAACAAUUUUAACCCUAUUUACUAAAAAAUCUCUGUUUCCAUUGUAAAACUAUCACUAUGCUUUAAUCUCACUAAGCUGGGGUUUGAUCUACAAGCAAAUUUUAAAUGUUGUGAUUCCGUUUAAACUUUUUUUCUAAAGACGUUUAAAUACAAAAGCCCAAACUAUACAUUGUUUCUUUAGCGCACUAAUCGAGCUAAGAUCUAAUUAACAACCAACCCUAAAUAGCUAAAGAAUUUCUGCUAAUCAAGGGAUUGAAGGACUAAAAUUAUCAGAAAGUGGAUAAUCUUGACAUUAGAAAAGUGUUGGAUGAUUUACAACAUGGUUUUCUAUUAUUGUUACAUCAAGGUUGGUUGUUAAUUCGGAGAAUUAGCUGAUAAGUCUCGUUAGGCCUUUUAUCAAAAGUCAUUGCAAGUUGUAACAUAGCUGACUAAUUAUUGAAGCUUCUGCAAAAUUAUUGGGGCAACCUCUUUUGAUAGCAAAAACUUGGACAACAUUCCAACCUGCCAAAAUUCCUUGAAACACCCUAUUGAUAAUGAACUGUAUUUUGUAAAAAAGACACCACACCCCUCUCCCCCAAAAAAAUAUUGGUUGUGUAACUUUUAAAUAUUGCUAUCAAUCAGAAAUGAAUCAGUUUUCCCCCACUGAACGUCUUAGCUUGGCAUUUAGCAACAUUGUUUGAAAAGAGAGGGAAAAAGGGGAUGCAGUAUUAAACAUUUAGAAAUAUAAUGCGGAUGAAAACCAAGACUUUUGGAAAGCUAGUGAAAAUUUAUACGUUCUGGGAAAGCGUGAAAAGGAAUUGUCAACUAUUGUCACGGUUCAUGGGUCUAUAAGAAAGCGUGAGAAAAGCAAACUAUAUUGUGGAAAAUCAAACAGUGAAUUUCUCUAAAAAGAUUUUAACUUUAUAAAAUCAAGACAUGAUGAAUAGAAAAAUAUUAAAGCUAAUUGACGAAAUGAAUUCAAGCAAUAUAAACUUUUAUGCAAUGAGAUGAUUUUGCAAGCAGUCGGGCUUUGACCCUUUUACUUUUACCGUUAAAAAAUGCAACUCAGUGACUUAAAACACUAUACACUCUUGUUAUAACAACCAGAUAACUUUUUCCGAGCCUCGAUGUUCUUAACUUUUUGAUAAUUUUAGGCCCAAAUGUUCUUAAAAUUGUUCUUAUUUUAAGAGUGAUUUUUUUGCGAAAAUUUGAGAAGUUACAUACUGUAUAUAGUUUCUAAGACGUUUUAAUGGGUAAGUUUGCAAAUAAAGCAAUGACUGUUAGCGUUUAUGGACAGACUUGCAUAGUUUUGUUCUGUUGACAUAAAUUUCAAAAUGCAAAUUAUUUUUUUUCAAUUUUCUCAUCUGAAGCUGAGCAUGUUCUAGCCUCGUUCUUAUUUUUUGGGCAAAUCGAGCCUCAGUGUUCCUAUAAAGUGUGUUCUUAUAAAAAAGGCGUGUACUAAUCUAGGGAAUAUUGAAUUACAGUAAAUGAGGAGGUUUUUCCAAGCCUACUCCAUUCGGAAACAAUAAAUCAAAGCUUAAAAUAGUUCAACCUUUACAAUAACACUAAAAUGCACAUUUGUCUUUUCAUGACUUUGAAAUAUUAAAAUUUCACAGCUGUCUCACAUUGACAAAGCAUUAGAAGUUCCUCAAUAAUAAAACAUAUUAAUCUACGGAUUUCUGUUGUAUGAAGUAAACGGAACUUCUUGUGCAAACAAGAGGAGUAAAUUUACAUUUAGACCUCGGAAUCACACACGUCUGUGUAAACAUAUCGUUAUUACGCUUGUGUUUUGGUUCUAGCUGUUGGUAGAUUGUCUGCUAUAAUAUGCUAGCUUCUUUCUUAAAAAAUUUUUUGCAUGAUGUGUUUACCAUCUCAAGUGACAGUUUUCCGUUUUGUGGUUGCGCGAAACAUCGUUAUAAUUACAGUAGAAACCAACAUAAAAGAACAUCCCUUUAUUUAGACGUAGGCUGAAAAAGUCUUGACAAAAAUAGAAAUACAAGAGUAGGGUUAAGGAUUACUCAUUUUUUUUAUAAGAAACAAAGGUCGAUGUUGAGUACUCCAGUUUCUUAAUAUUCUGGAAAUUUCAAUACUCGCUGUUUCUUAAGAGUUUCUUAAUCAUUAUGUCAUGAAUGAUGUUAUGAAAUGUUAAUGUUAUGAAAUGAUAUAGAACUUGCAAAUGGCUGCGAAAAAAGCCGCCAUUUUGAAGACAGAAGGAGUCCGUUUUCUCUCUUGGACUCCAGUGGUAAUUUCUUCUUAGACACGCGGCACUGAUUGGUCAACUUUACCGGUCUUGUGCUUGCGUUUUUCUGAUUGGACUAUUUCGAUCCACAACUGGGUAUAUAUUUUUCAUCGUGUUCUUUCGGAACCUUAUUCCGACGUUUUAUGCUCUGGAGAGUGUCAGACGAAAAAGGCUCUUAGCCAAUAUGCUGUAAAAGAUCUUAUUUAGUUUCUUUAAACCUGGUUCAAGCCAGUCUGUUCCCACACACAAGAAUAAUAAAAUUUAGCAGGGAAAAAGCUAAAUGCUGCGUCGGCCGACAAUUUAAAUUUCAACAAAAGAAGCUGGUGAGUUGGCGAGAUGGUAAAUUAGAGAGAGAGAUUGCUUACCAACAUAUAAAUGGGAUGGAUUUGAGGGUGCUGGGAACCAUAGAUUCUAAAAUUCUAAAUAUGAGCAUUAGGUGCGGGGGUUUAUACAGACGUUUUUCUAUUAAAAAUGCAGAUAUGACAUGUCGUGAUAAAUGAGUGUUAUAAACGGAGAUGUCUUAGAAAGAAAAAACGAUAAUGAAAUUAAUUUGAUAGUUAAGGUGUUCGCAUAUCUAUGAUUCCAUGCGUUUUUUAGAUUUGUUUUGAUCGGAAAUUCCUUGUGUAUCAUGAAACUGAAAAUCUUGAGAACUUUCUGACUCUCGUAGUCUGAAAAUCUUAAAAACUUGUAGUUUUACCCUCUUGGAGAGUGAUGUAUCUUUUUGGCAUUAAAUAGCCCAUCCUUGAAUCUCCAUGGUUCUUGAUAUGGACUACGUUUUGAAGAGCGCGGGAACAAUUCUCAAACCCAACAUGGUACACGUAGUCAACACACUAAGCAGCUUAGUCUAUUACCCAAAAGAUUUUCCCGUUUGAAUUAAUCUUGUACUUUUGGCGUGUUUGCUUGGCAAAACGUCUUGGCCUUUUUUAUUUAGAUAAAGUAUUUCCAGCGCAAAGCCAUUUACUUUCAGUUCGCGAAGAGAUAAGCAUUAAUUUUAAAUUUUCCUUUAUCGCAAAUGCAGAAAUUUGCCUUUGGCUUCACUUGAGCUCUUGCAAGUUUGAUGUGAUUUAUCUUCAGACUACACUACUGACAAUUCCAAUUAUUGAAAGUUUGAAACUCGCAUUUCUGGCUAUAGACAUCUGGUUGAAUGCAAAGUAUUUACAGUUCAAACAAAAGAUUUUUCGCUGGCUUUGUACUCAAACCAUUUCUGUGCAGAUCAUUUUUAUGCAAAGUCUGUUUAAAAAGGAGCCUCAAAACACUUCAUUGGCAUUAUCUCGGAUUAGUUGGCAACUUCAAAAGCACCCACGACUAAUUAGGAAGUAUUACAUGCACUAAUACAGUACUUUUCUUUUGAUAUCGAACCUGCUCCAUGAACAGAAUCCAAUGCCACAAAUAUUAACAUUCGGAAUUAUUGGGUGGAAAAGAUUCAGAAAUAGGAGCUUUAUAAAUUGCACGAUAGGAGCUUGAUUCAAGGCUGAGACCAGUAGCAAAAGAGGCUCUUCUCCGGAUGAAAAUAUGAAUCAAAUUCUUCAAAUAAUACACAAUUAAUUCAGUGCAAGACGUGAAAGGGACGUAAAGGCAGACAAGAUGCUAAGAUAUCGUCAAUGAAAUUUUCUUGUAAUCUCUUGGUUUAAAUUGGCUGUAAGAUAGUAAAGAAACGAUUAUCCCUUGCUUUGUGGUGUGAACUCCUUGUAAAGAUUUUAAAGCUACAGUCUACAUCGACAAUGCUACCAAAUUUAAAGCUUGCAAUGAAAACGAGAACAUUUUCUGACUAUCGAUGAAAAGAACGUAUUGCCCGCCUGAAAGUGACUGUUUCCAAGCCGACAUGAACACACCAGUUUCAUUUAUUUUGCUAAUGGUUUUUGUCAACAUGGCACGAAUUCGGGCAAAAAAUAUCGACAAUAAGUUAUUAAAGACACCAGCAACAAACAGCCUGAACACGAUGAGACCAGCUAUGCUUGUUAAAGACCCCAAUACAAAGCCCCCGAUGAAAAGACAAGACAAAAGGCCAACACCAGCAGAGCUAUCUACAGCGUUUGAAAAUGUAAUGAAAACCUAUGACAAGAAAUUCAGACCGUUAUAUGGAGAGAAAGCACUUCAAGUUGCGCUGAAUUUUAUUGUAUUGUCCUUUGGAAAUAUCCGUGAAGUAGAAAUGGAAUUCGAGGUGGAUCUGUACUUUCUGCAGCUCUGGAAUGAUCCUCGUUUCAAUAUAUCUGGGAUUCAUCAUGAGAAUGCUACAAUAGAACUAAUUGGCUCUGACGUAGAGCAGAUCUGGGUGCCUGACACCAUAUUCAUUAACUCAAAGAAAUCGAAUUUCCACCACGUGACUCUUGAAAAUAGAUUUAUGACUGUUAAUCUAUCAACAGGCGAAAUCGUUUAUCAUGCCAGAAUAACAUUGACAGGUGCUUGUCACAUGAACCUCCGUUACUAUCCAUUUGAUCAGCAAAUCUGCUACAUUGCGUUAGAGAGUUAUGGACAUGACAGAAUUGAUAUCCAGUAUCAAUGGUUUACUAGAGGUUGUAAUGACUCUUGCGGUCUUGUUUAUAUAUACGAACGAAACUUAGCCAACUUUGAAAUUAUUGAAGCUGUAAAGACACUUGAGAAAACUAUUUAUCAUACUGAAAACUUCUCUUCAGCCACUGGCAAAUUCGUAUUUCAACGCAAGACGACAUACUUCUUACUUCAAGUAUACCUGCCGUGUAUUCUCAUUGUAAUGGUAUCUUGGGCCUCGUUUUGGAUCCACGAAGAAGCAGUUCCGGCUCGAGCGGCUAUAUGCGUGACGACAAUUUUAACAAUAAUAACAAUGCUUGGGGUUGUUAACGUCAACAUGCCCAAGGUUUCAUACGUCAAAGCUGUCGAUUUCUAUUUGUUUAUAUCCUUCCUGAUGGUGUUCUUGUCGUUACUAGAGUAUAUAAUAGUUCUUAACCUUGAGGCAUUCUGCAAAAGGAGACUUCAGAAAAAGAAAAAUGACUCUUUCUCAAACAACCACAAGAGCCACAGUGUGGUAGUGAAGGUUUGCGAUGACAGCAUCUCCGAGUCCACUUAUCUGAAUGGUUACAGUGAUUAUGAAAAUAAUACUCGGAAAAGAGGGAACAUUCAAAAUGGCAAGUCUCACUUUACCCUGAAAUUGAAUAACUCAAAAGGUAGCUCAAUUACAGACCAUUUAUCAAAAGAGAGCCAAGAAAUGCUCCUUGAGGAACUCAUGAUGCUGAAAGAACCAUCAGCGGUGGAUGUGGUUUCUAGAUUACUUUUUCCUUUGCUAUUCAUUGUCUUCAACCUAUGCUAUUGGUUGGUAUACUUAGAUCAGUCCCAUCUGGCUCUUGCUAAUUGAAAUUAUAGAUGCUAUGAAAAUGUGGCCUCACAAGUCUACUUCAUAUGUGACAUGUAAUUCUUUUUGACAAGGACAGUGCAAAGAGUACUGCUACAAGAUUUAGAUGAAGUACAAAAGAUAACUUGCUAUAGGGAUCGUCGUGUUAGUGGAAAUUAUGUAUAUAUAGAUAUCAAAUAGGAAGCAUAAUGAAGAUGUGUAGCACCUACGUAGCAGUCAUCUUUAUCAAUCAUAAUCAUCAAUCAUAAUCAUCAAUCAUAAUCAUCAAUCAUAAUCAUCAAUCAUCAAUCAUCAAUCAUAAUCAUCAAUCAAAAUCAUCAAUCAAAUUCAUCAAUCAAAAUCUUCAAUCGUAAACACCAUCAAUCACCAUUAAUCAUCAUCGAUCAUCAUCGAUCAUCAUCAAUCGUCAUACAUUAUUAUAAUCAAUCAUGAUAUUUCAUUUGUCAUUAUGAUCAUGAUAAUAAUCAAGUCAUCCCCAUCAUCAUCGCUUAUAUAUUAUGGAAAGUUACAAAGUGACAUGAAGUUAGUAAUGAGCUUAUUCCUUUGCUCUUGUUUUCUCAAUUGAAAUGAGACUCAUUCUUUCAUAAAAUUUAUUGUUUUAGAUUAAGUGUAAUCCUCUUAACUGUGAAAUUCGUAUUGUUGUAAACAUUCAAUCCAGUUUGCUUCUUGUAAAAUGAUUUCGUACAAAAGACAUUACGAUUGUAAUUUUUGUUUUCAAGAACCUGUUGUGUCAGAUUACUACAAGGUGUAGUGUUUUACGUUUGUGGCAGGCUUUUGAAGGACUAAUAAGUCAUUGUUCCUUGAAACGAUCGUCUGACAAAAUAUUCCGAGAAUUCAGUUCCAAUGAGAAAAAGGUCAAAUAGAAAAAAGACAAGACCUUUAAUCAUAUUAUUCAUAAUGAGUUUUUACUUUUAUAAAGUUCAGUAAAAAAUUACCAGGUGCAAGAUCAUUUUUUGAUUAUGAUUUAAGUCAUCUAAGUAGCAUUCAGUUUUAGUUCGUUUUUGAGAAAAAUUGCUAGCAAAAAAAUCAAGAAAUAGUUUUUUAGCUAUUUUUCAUUUGAUUAUCAAAAUAUGCUCAGACCUUGCGGAGUUUUGUAGAUAAAUAUCUUUGAAAAUUGCAUUAAAAUUAUAACUCUUUGCCGAUAAUUAUGGUCAAUAGCAAUCUAAUUUAAACACAGGAGAAGGUAUGGCAUGGAGACACUUAUUUGCAAAAAUAUAUGGCUUUUUUACUUUGAAUGGAAGGUAACGAUCUAACAGUGGGUUUAUUGUACUUGUGAAAGUAUCAAAAAACUUUUAAGCACAAACAAAUCUAGUAGAACUAUCAAACUCUGACGACAAAAUUUUAAACAAUACAGUUGCGAUAUUGUAAUGUUUUCUAUCUUGUGGACGAUUAAGAAAAGAGUCUUGUUGCACGGUGAAUAAUUGAGACUUCAUAUAUUUGAUAUAACAUAUAUUUCAGAACAAUUUAAUGAUUUAACCAACUAUGAAUGUCUGCCAAUGUCAAAGAUGAAAUAAAAAAAUUAGCAGAUUUGUAAUCUGUUGGAGAAAAAUCUGCAAAAGAAAUACACAGGUUAUUGCCUCAAUUUUGCCAACAUCGAUGAGCAAGUGAGGACUCUAAUAGCCAAGAUAUUUUUUUGGCAUUUUAUCAAAUUAAGAAUAGAUAUCGACUCAUUCGAAUAUAUGCUUACUAGAAGCUACAUUCUUAUAGGUAAUUUUUGAUUGUUAAACUAAGUGAUGACAACACCCAAAAUUAUGGGUUAUGGCACAAGCUUUCUCUUAAAAAUUCUUGAGAGUCGAAGUGAAAGACUGUCUUCUAACAACAUCUUUCAUUAUAAAACCAAAACAUAACCAGAAAAAUAAGUUUUUGGGACUUUUAAAAACACUUUUGAGUUCUCUAAUGCCGCUGAGAGUUUGAAAUUACAAAGUUUUUGAGGAAUUUUUUCAAGCUACAAAUUGAAAACUGACAUUUCAAUUGUGAAUAAAACAUGAUCCAAAUAUUUUGUUGACAAUUGCUGA